AUGGCCGACACGAGUUGUAUGAAGAAGGUUACUAACGCUGUUGACUCGCUACCCGAAGGUCAUUUGAAAUAUGAGACAUCGUCAGCGGAUUCGUCUUAUGAUAGUUUUCCCUUCUGGCAUUUGUCGCCAGACUUAUUUUCGAGCAGGUUAAGUGUGACAGAGAAUUUAGAUUCAGAUAAAGAUGAAAUACAUCCUGGUUCGAAUAACAGAAAAUCAGAAGGGAAUUUCGCCAAGUCUGCAAGCAACACAUCACCAAGAAAGAAAAAGAGAGGCAAAGUAAGAAAGUCAAGUCGGACAAAAACACAAGGUUUUGUAAACACAGUGUCAGAAAUGAACGCCACUGUGACUGAUUCAACCGUCACGUCCUCUGAACAAGAUGGCCCGCCUGCUUUGGGUGGCUUACAUAGGCAAUUAAUGGAAGAAAUUGAACGCUUUGACUCCAAAACUUUAACUCACCCACGUGGUUCUUUCAGAACCAACCCUUGUGGAUCUUUCAGGCGUAUGGGCCCGUUUGGUUGUAUCAUAAAAGUACCCCAUGAGCCAGAAGGGAGCAUAUCUAGUACCGAGGCAUGGGACACAGACUGGGACAGCGACGGGUGGGACAACAGUCCCGAAGAUGACGACACUUUGAUCCCUGACCUUGAGGCAGCUGCCCAGCAGCUACAGAUGUUAUUGGCCAGGGAAGAUUUGGCUGAAGAGAUGGGGUGGGGGCUGCGAGAAAACCACCCCGCCAAACCCCCUUUUCCCCUGGGGCCAUUACAGACCACCGAGUGUAUGGUGUGCUUUGACACACGCGACCUUCACCUCCGCCAUUGCUGUCAGCUGCCUGUCUGCAAUGAAUGUUUGAAAGAAUAUUUCAGAACCCAAGUGGAGCAGGCCAAUGUUAAACUGGGUUGCGUCAACCCGAGCUGUGAUGCCUAUGUCCACAGAGAUGAGAUCAUUUUCAUGUUAGAGCCUGAAAUGAAGGACAAAUUCUACCGCUUUCUCGUCGAUGCAAACAAAGAGCCUCAUGUCAAAACUUGCCCGCGCUGCAGCAAGAUCAUGACUCUAAAAAAGGAAGACUUGACACAGUCCAAGUCGAUGAAAGCAGGGUACUCUGUCACCUGUUCGGAGUGCCACCUAGUGUGGUGUUUUCCAUGCCAGGCCCCAUGGCACGAAGGCGUAACGUGCAAGCAGUUUAAGAAAGGAGACAAGCUGCUACGACAAUGGGCCAAAGAGUACCAUUAUGGUCAACCCAAUGCUAAGAGGUGUCCUAGCUGUAAGAUUUUCAUCCAACGUACAACGGGAUGUGAUCACAUGACCUGUUCUGGCUGCAAGACAGAGUUCUGUUACCGCUGUGGAGAAAGAUUCCGAGAGCUGAAAUUUAUUGGCAACCAUUACAACCGCCUCAGUAUAUUUGGCUGCAAGUACAAAUACCUGCCUGAGAAACCAGUGCAGAGGAGGCUGAUUAGAGGGUCCAUUUUUGGUGGCAAACUGUUAGCAGCGCCUCUAUUGGCUGGCUUGGCCAUUGGUGCCGGCGGAGUUCUGCUGGGUAUAGGCGCCAUUGCUCUCCCCUUCUAUGCCAGUUAUAAGCUCCACAAGUUUAUAAGUCACAAGAAAAUGUUGAAAAGGCAGCGAAGACGACAGGAGGAGAUCAAAAGAAGAAUGCAGCAAAUGAGAGAUGAGUACAAGAGGAAUGUGGAAUUGCGCAAGCGUAGCCUUGAGCCAAGAGCUCCCAUAGUGAGCGAUUUCUGUUGGCCUAUUCUGGAAAUCCCAGUAGACAUCAAUCACCUCGCAGCACAAUCUUCUGAACCACCGAGCGUUUCAAACACAGGUUCGAACAACGUGGAUGAUGAAGAAGAAGAAUCAGACUUUGAAUUUGAAGAUGAUGACAUUGUCUUGAGUGAGUUGCUUGGCCUGCCAAUGAUUGAUCCUAACAUAUCCAAGUAUUUUUUGAAAGUUGGCCAAGCUCGUGGAAAAUCGCAAGAAAAGAGCGAAGAACAAGAUGCAAGUGGGCCCAGUUCUUCAUCAGAUGGUAGCCAUGUACCAGGAGAACAGGCGGGUGAAAAUUGCAAUCAAGUUGAUCUCAAUUCCCAGGAAGCAGCAGGGCCAUCAAAUCCUGGCAUCUCAAAUCACCAUAGAAACCCAAUAGAUGUUGCUAUAACAACUGAAAAGGAUACAGCUUUGCCACCAGUGCAACCAGUUUGGCAGAAGUUUUCAUUUCAAGAAAGGCUGGAACCAAACCUAGCACAUCCUAGUGUUGUGGGAUCUACUUCUAUAGAAGAAGACAAAGAAACUGGAGAAGUUAUUUUUAUCACAAAAUUGUGAACAUAAAAACAUCUAGGAAGAUUGGGCUCAAGCUAGACAUGAAUGCAGUCUCAGAUGUGUACAGUAAUUAACCGCUGUAUUCAAACCAAUCCAACAAAACAAGGUUUUGUGAAAAGUAAUUCUUAUUGUAAAAUGAAGUUGUGUUAAUGACGGAAGUGCUUUUUUGGAGUAACUAAAGAUAGAAAAUCAUGAAAAUAAGGAAUACUUGAAAAAGGAGUGUUUGAUGUAUACAGUUAAUUACUGUAACUAAGAUAUUUUUCAACCACAAUAUAUCAGCCAAUUCUAUCACAAUUGUCUAAAAAGCAAAAAGAAAAUACGUAGCUAAAACGGUUAUAUAUUUUAUGAUGAUUAUCAGUGUAUUUUCUCAUUACCUGUGUGUGAUAUUAAUUAUAGAAAAUUAGCCUGCUAAUUAAGGCCUAGAAUUGCCAUGUUCUCACUUAAAGGUGUGAUUGCCAUUCUUUUGCCCCUCAAGGUCAGGAAUGCCCAUUGUCCAUUUAACACCCAGGUGAAAAAGGUGACAGGCUAUCGUGUUCAUAUUAGAAAAUGAUCGAUCAUGUUUUCACUUCUUCACAUGGCACAAAGAAUAUUGAUUCAAAUGCAAUUAAACAAGUUAUUCAACACUUCAAAAUAUUUUCAAACAAGUCAAAACAAAUAAAGAAACUUCUAUGAUACAAGCCAUAAGCCAUGUGAUAUUCCUCCUUUCUUUCCACUUUCUAAAAUUGGAUUUCUACAUGCUUUAAAAAUGUGACAUUCUCUGGUGAUGGAAAAUAAUUUCUGUGACUCUUUAUGAUAACUUUUAGAAAAAAGCCUUGCUGCAUUACAGAUAAAAAUGACUACAUGCGAGUUACAGUAUAAUAUAAAAUAAAUAUUACUUAUGAUUGUUCGUUUCA